GCGAGAGGCGGGAAGCUAAUAAAGCCUUAGCUCAGGAUGGCUGGAGAACCGGGACGACACACAGCACUGGAUGCCCACUCUUCAGAGGACCAGAUGGAGCUUCUAACUGUGAAGGUGGAGAAGGAGGAAUUCUCCGCCUUGGCUGCAGACUCGGGUACACCCUGUAGUCGCGUCCGGGGCCCGGAGUGCUCCCGCCAGCGUUUCCGUGCUUUCGGCUACCCCGAGACCGCAGGCCCCCGAGAGGCGCUGAGCCAGCUGCGGGAGCUCUGCAGACAGUGGCUGCGGCCCGACCUGCGCAGCAAGGAACAGAUCCUGGAGCUGCUGGUGCUGGAGCAGUUCCUGACCAUCCUGCCAGGGGACCUGCAGGGCUGGGUGCGGGAGCAGCAUCCAGAGAGCGGGGAGGAGGUGGUGCUGCUGCUGGAGUAUUUGGAGAGGCAGCUGGAUGAGCCCCUGCCGCAGGUCUUAACUGGUGACCUGAGGCAAGAACCACUCUGUUGUAAGGUGGCAUUGUUGACACCAGCUGGAAGGUCCCAAAGUAGUCAGUUGCAGCCAAUGAGGACUCUGUUCAAGCAUGAAUCUCUGGGAUUGCAGCCCUUAGAAGAAAGAGUUCCCCAGGUUCCUGGACUUGCUCAGAGAGGAAGUUACAGAGAAGAUGCCACAGGAGUAUCCAGGUCCACUCUACAGGCCCAGGGAUUGCUGAAAAUGGAAGAUGUGGCCCUGAGCCUUUCCUCUGGAUGGAUGUGGCAGGAUUCAUCUCAGAUGAACCUCCUCAGAGAUGCGAGACAGGAGAACUGUGGCAGCCUGGUUUCCCAGGGUCAAGAAAUGCAGAUUAAGACCAGUGUUGAGACUGCAGUUAGAGAAUAUUCAGAACAGGAGCGUAGGCAGAUACCACGCUGCGAGGGGGAAGACAUUCCACAGGCUCCUCCAGAUGCAAAAGCUGGUGAGCAUGAGAGCAAGUUACAAAGAAAACAAAAAAGUGCCACAGAGAAUAGGCGGCACCAUUGCUGUGACUGUGGAAAGAGUUUUGCUCAGAGUUCAGGCCUGAGCAAGCACAGGAGAAUCCACACUGGCGAGAAACCCUAUGAGUGUGAAGACUGUGGGAAGACCUUCAUUGGGAGCUCUGCCCUUGUCAUUCAUCAGCGAGUUCACACUGGUGAGAAGCCAUAUGAGUGUGAAGAAUGUGGCAAGGUCUUCAGUCACAGCUCAAAUCUUAUCAAACACCAGAGAACCCACACUGGGGAGAAGCCCUAUGAGUGCGAUGACUGCGGGAAAACCUUCAGCCAGAGCUGCAGCCUCCUUGAGCAUCACAAAAUUCACACUGGGGAGAAGCCAUACCCAUGCACCAUGUGUGGCAAAGCCUUUAGGAGGAAUUCACAUCUCUUGAGACAUCAGAGGAUCCAUACUGGGGCUAGACAUGUUCGGGAGCCUGACUGGGAAGGUGAAGGUAGACUCGAAGGCCAGUGGGAAAAUACUGAAACUCCUGUGUCUUAUAAAUGUAGUGAAUGUGAAAGAAGUUUUACUCGGAAUAGAAGCCUUAUUGAACAUCUAAAAAUCCACACUGGUGAGAAACCCUACCAGUGUGACACAUGUGGAAAAGGCUUUACACGAACUUCUUACCUGGCUCAACAUCAGAGAAGCCAUGUAGGGAAAAAGCUUCUGUCACAGUGACCUGUCCCAUGUCUAUCAAACUUGGUGUCCAUUUGUCAUUGAAUUGAAGCUAUCAAGGAGCCUUUAUUGGACACAGAAGUUAUGGGGCUGGGGUCAUACCACUAUACACCUUCAGGUGUUAGACAAUAGACUCUGGCUGAGAUGGAGUAUGUUCUGUGUUCUAGAAGGUGACUGGAUCAAAUUAAAAGACCACAGAAGUGUUUUAUUCCUAUUCAUUUGACUUAACUGACCUCCCAGAAUAGCUACUUGUCCUCAACCAGCACUUGUUUUCUCCUGGAUGGGUGGCUCUUGAUUUGAGGGUUGCUGCUUUUAUAGUUUAAUUUGACCACAAUAAAUUCUUCAUGAGUUGGUCAGA